AUGUCUGGCCCGCCUCCUGACAAGUUCGCCAAAUGCAUGCACUGCCAGGCCAUCCUCUAUGCCUCGACUGAGGACUGCAUCGUCUGCGUGGCGAAUCCAUGGCAAAUUUGUGGGAAUUUAGUCUGCGGAAGGCUCCCGCCCGUCAAACAUAAUCCGGUCCCCAAGAAGAUCCCCGGCCAGAGUUCCAUAAACAAGAACUUGUGGAUCGGGCAUGGCGAGCAUCAGGAGAAAAAGCGCCAGAGGAACGCCAAAAAGAAAGGCGGUGAUGCCGAAGAGGUUAAGGAGACAGCCGACGAUCCCACAGAUGCCAACGAGGAGGUCUGCGUGUUUGGGGAUAUGGAUCCUUAA